AAAAAUGUUUAUCCACCUGAACCCCACCAUGGUUGAGGCUCAGCCCAUUCUAGGAAACCGUGAUCCUCUAAUGGAAGCAAUGGAAUUCAUACAAGAUCUAGAAUCAGAUAAAUACGGAGGACAUUUAUCGAUUCAACAAACAAGCACAUUGAUGGGGACACUAUGGGAGCGAUCUGGUUGUACAGAGAUUCUCGGCGAUAAAUGCAAUGAUUGUUUAUCAGUUGAGACGCUAUUCGAGAUAAUAGAAGCCAAUAACAGUGAGGGAUUGACGGAUGCUACGUAUCCAAGGGCUAGCGUGGUAUUAACAUACUUCCUAUACAGCUUUACCGAUGUUUGUCAGACUGCACCAACGGUACACAAUUACACUUGGUACUUAGCGGAGGUGAUGAGCGCUAGUGGGUGGAAAGCUUCCUCUAACGUGCGAUAUAUUAAUCAAGAAAUAAACCCAGACAGCGAGGUGUAUCUAACAGAGGAUGGACUUUCAUCUAUUCUAAAGCUUAUCAAUAAAACAUACGCCCCACUGUCCAAAGUCAAGUGUUUCUAUGCCAACACGUUAUUCCAAGACGCAGCUGUAGACGUCAAUCCAGGUGCUGACGAGAGUCAAACACAAUCAAUAUGUGCACACAUGAUUUCAAACUUACUUCAAGGCGACUUAAUUGGGGAGUCUAUGUAUAUUAAACCCAAUGCGUUUAUAGAUGAAAUUUACAGUGACUAUGGAGAAGGAGAAAAAAUAACACCUGAAGGAUUUGAAGAAAUUAUGACGUCACUUGGAAUUGGAAGUCAUUCGCACACGACAGAAAUGGAAGAGACCAUGAAUCAGUUGGACGAAACCCACUCCUAUGUACCUACAACAAUACAUGAAGCAAGUUGAAUUUGACUUAACUAU